AUGGACGCCAACUACAGCGGCAGACGGUCUUCGCGCCCUCGGCGCCGUCCGAGCAAAGACGAGUACGCCGUAGGCUGGGUCAGUGCACUUCCCCGCGAGCUAAAGGCGGCUCUCGCCUGCCUGGAUGAACAGCACGAGACACUGCCCCGCGACAAGAACGACUACAACGAAUACGCCUUCGGUCGCAUCCAUGAACACAACGUCGUCCUGGCUUGUCUGCCCUCGGGCACCUAUGGGACGAACAGCGCGGCCAACGUUGCCGUGCACAUGCGGCGCAGCUUCCCCAGCAUCCGGUUCCUGCUCAUGGUUGGCAUCGCUGGCGGGAUCCCUUUCCCUGCAGACGUCAGACUCGGCGAUGUCGUUGUCGGUCAAGAUAUCGUUCAGCACGACUUGGGGAAAGAUGUCAAAGGGGACGAAUUCGUAAGCACUGCGCCAAAGCACGUCUUGCAUAGUUCGCUCGCGACGACGCCAGCCCGUGUCCAGGCCGAGCUUCGACCAGGCUGGCAUCGAUCGAUUGUCUCGAAAAUGCGGCACUCUCGAGGAUUACAAAACCCUCAUCUAGACCGAACCAAACUCUUCGAUGGCCUAUAUCACGCCAAACCUGUAGUCCAUUACGGAACAAUUGCUUCCGGCAACCAAGUUGUUAAGAACGCGAGGAAGCGUGACGAGAUCGGGCUACUGCACAAUGCGUUAUGCAUCGAGAUGGAAGCUGCCGGUCUGGAUCACGAUUUUCCAAAUCUGGUCAUCAGGGGGGUCUGCGAUUAUGCAGACUCCCAUAAGAAGAAGGAGUGGCAAGAUUAUGCGGCAGCAACUGCUGCAGCCUUUGCCAAGCGGUUCCUCCGGAAACGUGCUCCGGAGUCUUGGUCCACUGCUCUUUCAGCUACUGCAGUAGCUAAGCAUCCAGCACUGUCGGCCGAGCUGGCGGCGCAUCGCAAAGAGUGUCUCAAAAGCCUAUCAUUCGACCAGAUCGACUCUCGUUAUGAAGACAUCAAUGAACGGCAUGAAGAAACAUGCCUAUGGAUUUUGCAACACGAAGCAUAUCUAGACUGGCUUGAUCCUACUCGACACCAUGUCCAUCACGGCUUCCUCUGGCUUAGGGGGAACGCCGGAGUUGGGAAGUCUACAAUCAUGAAAUACCUAUUUGAGACAAGCAGAGAUAUAGUUGUCGUGCUUGCAUUCUUUUUCAAUGCACGAGGAGGCGAACUAGAGAAGUCGGCCGUUGGCAUGUAUCGAUCAUUCCUCUUUCAACUGCUCAAAGAACUCCCAGAGCUUCAAGCCACCCUCGACAAUCAAAGGAAUACGUCCUGGACCUUGAAGAAGCUUCAAAGGCUGAUGUCUCAGGCAAUUGGGAUGUUGAGCACGCGACACUUGAUGCUCUUCAUUGACGCCCUUGACGAGUGCAAUGCGCAUGAAGGUCUCGCCAUGGUCGAGAGCUUCCAACGAGAGGCUAGACACGCAUUUGAAAAAGGUGUCAAACUACACAUCUGCUUCUCCAGCAGACCGUAUCCAGUUGUGAGUAUGCGGAAAGGCAUACUAGUCGUUCUUGAUGAGCAAGAGGGGGAUGCGUCGGACCUCGAACGCUAUGUCCGAUCUAGUCUUUCUCAGUGGCCCAGAGGGAUCCGGCAAGACCUACGUCACAAAAUUAUCGAAAAAGCGCAAGGCAUCUUUCUCUGGGCAGUCUUGGUUCUCAGUUUGCUGUAUCGAGACUUUGGGGAGGGGCGGGUCGAUUCAGUUCGGCUUCAUGAACGCCUCCAAGGCUUACCAGUACAGUUGAGCGACCUGUUUAGAGAGAUCCUUCGCAAAGACUCCCACGACCUCGAGAGCUUCAGGCUUUGUGCUCAAUGGAUCAUUUACGCAAGGCGCCCUCUUUCGCCGAAAGAAUUCUACCGCGCAAUGAUGAUGGGGAUUAGUCCCGAAUCCAACGAGGUCUAUGGACCUUGGGAUAAGUCUAGGGUCACCUAUGAGGUUGUCAACAACUUCAUCACCAGCACCUCUAGAGGGCUCGCAAAGAUCACAAAUACGCAUUGGUCUCAAGUAGAGUUCAUCCACGAGUCGGUCAAGGACUUUUUGAUUAACGAAAACGGCAUGUGCGAGCUAUUUGGCCCUCAAGAGUCCGAACCGGCCCACUGCCACGAACGGAUCAAACAAUUGUGUUACUCAUUCUUUCGCAAGACGACGGGAGACUACAUUCCCAGCACGCGGUCCCGCGGGCGCUUCGGUCCUAAUUCCGAGGCGCCGUUCGUUGAGUACGUGGCGACUUCAAUGUUGCAUCAUGCUGAGUGGUCCGCCACGGAGAACUCGCAAGUACAGUUCCUCACGAAUCUA